AUGGGAUAUUGGCUCCGUUCUAUGUGUUGCGUGCGAUUAUGCCAUAUUUCCAUCAACAAUCACUGUUUUCAGUGGAAUCAGAUGUACAAAACCCUGCCACUGGUAUUGAAUCGGAGCUUGAAGAAGAUGAAAUCAGCGAAAUGGCUACUGUCAUGAAAAUUCUUAAUCCAAUUAUGAUAUCCUUGUCCAGUAUUUGUAGCAGAUUAGUUGCACUCACUUUUCUCCAUCGCAGGUUAAGUGAAUUUAUUACUGUUUUACACAACACUGAUAGACUGAUGGAUGUUACCAUAAAAUCAAAUAUUUCCACUGCAAGCAAAACCUUCAUACAAACCCUUGACAAGUAUCUGUUAUGAUAUUUUGUCGUGUUUGGCAUGCCAGUGAAUAUUUAUUAUUUAUAUACUGUGUCGGCUACAAAUAGCAAGGCCGGUAACUUAUGGUGUGUCAUACUUGCUUUCAAUAAUCUGGCUUGUUUUAGCACAGACUUGCAGUUCAUCCGUUGUGCAUGCAUGUUGCACUAUCGUUUUAGAGUAAUUAACAACGAGCUUGAAACAUUUGCAUCUAUAUGGCAUUUCAAACGCGGAGCUUUGGUUGAAAGAAAAACUUGCAAAUCGUUUUUAUGUGAACUGUCAUACGGCCACAACAUAUGUGAUUCUAUUGAAAUGUAUAGAUAUUGUUAUGGACAAUUUUGCAAUUUGGUGGACCAAUUAAAUUCUACGUAUCAAUUGCAUCUUUUGGGAUGCCUUUCAGCGUGUUUUUUAAAAAUAUUGUUCAAUCUGUAUUUUUCUAUGUUUGGAUACGUCAUUGGUACUAAUGGUCAAAAAGAACAUGAUGAACUAAUACGAGCUAUCUUUUGGAAUGUAUAUUAUGGAAUCAGAUUCUUGACUUUAAUUUAUGUAGCCGAUGCUACAAGCAAACAAGCGGUUUAUGCAAAAACAUUAAUAAGUGAUGUAAACAAUAGGUAUUUAGAUACUAGUACACAAGAAGAGCUUCAAUUAUUCUACACUCAAAUAUCUAGUCGUUGCAUCCAGUUCACUGCUUGUGAUUUUUUCACUUUGAAUACCCGUCUAAUCACGUCAGCUAUUGCUGCUGGUGCAACAUAUCUAGUCAUACUAGUGCAAUUUCAUUCUGGCAAAAAUUGAAUUUUUUAGCAUUUUACCUAAUUAAUUAAGAGUUAAAUCUAAACACGUUUGAUUUAUGUAG